UUACCGAAAGAGCUAAGGAGAUGCUGAGUUCGUUCUAAGCCGAGUCGACCAAUCAGAGCCGCUCCCGGCAAGGGUGGGCGAGUGGACCAAUCAGAGCGCGUCUCGCUGCCGACACGUGGCGAGCACAUGGAGGGAGACGAGACGAGGUUGAGCCCGCCGUGUGCUGCAGACACGGAGCUCGGUGCGGGCGACAGCGGCAGCCCCUUCUGGCCCGCAGCCUCCGCCGAUCGCCGCGUGCGGGAGGCCGGGGACGGCCGGGACGGGCAGAUGUCCCCGUGCCACAAGUUCAACAGCGGCAAGAAUCAUUACGUCCGUAGAGAAGACCCGAGCGAUGAGAGCGAUUGUGACGAUGAUGGGGAGGAGGAGGAGGAGGAGGAGAACGCUGCCUCGCCUGGUAUUGAUCCUUUGCAGCUGGGUCCCAGUGAGGACUGGGACCUGGAGAUCGACAAAGCAAGUCCUUACGGAGACGAGGAGCUCUCCAUCCCGCCGUCCGCCGCCGCCGCCUCCGCCGCCGCCGCGCCGCUCCCGGGCGCCUACUUCCCGGGCAUGCACCACGCCCAGCGCCGCCGCGACUCCUUCGCCUGCGCCCUCCUCAACCUGUCGCAGCUCGCGGUGCAGCCCGGGCAGUUCGACGACGCCCGCCCAGGGGAGCGGGCCCCCCCCCCCCCCCCCCGCCUCCCCUCCCCUCUCGCCCACCCCCGCCCUUCGCCCUGA